UGUAGAAUGCAUCGUAGAUGCUCUAUUUAAGAAAAAAAGUAUACAGCGACUGUAGUUUCAAACAAUGUGACAUAAAUAGAAAAGAAAAGAAACUCUGGAAGCAUGACUUCAUUUAAAACGUUCAGGCCACUACCAAAGAGAAACGAAAGCGAAUCAGAGAUCACGAGCUUAGAAUAAAAGUGGAGAAACGUUUAGACAGCUUUUAGACAGCGAAUGUAUGAAAGAGUGUGCAAUCAUGUUUGAGGUUGCCAUUACUCGCUAAUUAGUAGCUCAAUAUUAUUAUAUCACAACUUCACCACGUCUUCUUAUUUUAUUUUAUUUUUGAAAAAUAACCUUCCCACAUCUCUUUCUGUCCUUUAAAGUCACUUCUAUAAAUAUAUAUACGAAUGUCUCACAAAUCAUAUAAGUCCACAACCUGUAAUUCUUUUGUAGUAAUGAAGACAUUUCCAUAUUGUAGAUCAACAAUGCCUUUCCCAAUCCAAGCCUUCCUCAUCGCUCUUCUCUUCUCUUCCAUUGCUUCAGCAGCUAUCGUCGAACAUGUUUUCAACGUGGAAGACGUGGUGGUGAAACCAUUGUGCCAAGAGCAGAUGAUACCGAGUGUUAACCGAAGUCUUCCCGGUCCAACCAUAAACGUUAGAGAAGGCGACACUCUUGUGGUUCAUGUCAUCAACAACUCAACUUACAACAUAACUAUCCACUGGCAUGGAGUUUUUCAGAGGAAUAGCCCAUGGAUGGAUGGUGCGAAUAUGAUAACUCAAUGUCCGAUUCAACCAGGUUAUAACUUCACAUAUCGAUUCGAUAUCACUGGACAAGAAGGUACAUUGUUAUGGCACGCACACGUCGUUAAUCUGCGAGCCACUCUUCACGGGGCUAUAAUCAUUCGUCCCCGAUCUGGUCGUCCCUACCCUUUUCCUAAACCUUACAAAGAAGUUCCAAUCAUUUUUGCACAAUGGUGGAACGUAGAUCUUGCAGUUCUUCAGUUACGGCCAGCUCCGAUUGCCGAUGCUUUCCUCAUAAAUGGCCUCGCCGGAGAUACCUAUUCCUGCUCUAAGAACAGGAUGUAUAACCUCAAGGUAGUACAAGGAAAAACAUACUUGUUAAGGAUUAUAAAUGCGGCGCUCAACACUCACCUCUUCUUCAAAAUAGCCAAUCACAAUGUAACAGUUGUUGCUAUAGAUGCUGCCUACACAACUCCUUAUGUCAGCGACGUGAUGAUUUUGACUCCGGGACAAACGGUCGACGCACUUCUCACCGCCGACCAACCCAUUGGUUUGUACUACAUGACCAUUAGCGCUUACAUUAGUGCCCACCCUAUCGUACCGGUUCCCACUGAUAGAACCAUCAAUGGUCUGAUCGUAUACGAGGGUGCCGCAUUGAACACAUCUCCAGCAAAGACGACGAUGCCUGAAGGGAUGAACCAAAUAUCCACUGCUCAUAGAUUCUCCUCAAACAUCACUAGCCUUGUGGAUGGACCCCAUUGGACGCCGGUGCCUCGCCAUGUGGACGAGAAGAUGUUCAUAACGAUGGGGCUUGGUUUAGACCCAUGUCCCCUGGGUACCAAGUGUAUUGGACCCUUAGGUCAAAGAUAUGCCGGUUCUCUCAACAACCGUACUUUUGCAAUUCCGCAAACGCUUUCUCUUCAGGAAGCUUAUUUUUACAAUAUUAGUGGAAUCUACACAGAUGAUUUCCCCAACCAGCCACCGCUCAAAUUUGAUUAUACAAAUUUCGAAGUCAGUGGUGAUAAUGAGUACAAAAUGUUGUUUCCAGAAAGGAAAACUAGCGUCAAGAAACUUAAGUUCAAUUCUACAGUUGAGCUUAUUGUGCAGAACACAGGGAUAAUCACCUCUGAGAGCCAUCCUAUGCACCUUCACGGCUUCAACUUCUACGUGUUAGGUUAUGGAUUCGGUAAUUAUGAUCCAAUCAAUGAUGCAAGAAAGCUAAAUCUAGUCAACCCGCAAAUGCGCAAUACCGUCGGUGUACCACCAGGUGGAUGGGUUGUUCUCAGAUUUAUCGCUAAUAAUCCUGGUGCAUGGAUGUUUCAUUGUCACAUGGAUGCACAUUUACCUUACGGAAUUAUAAUGGCUUUCAUAGUCCAAAAUGGACCAACACCGGAAACAAGCUUGCAACCUCCCCCCUCGAAUCUUCCACAAUGCACUCGUGAUCCCAAGAUCUAUGAGUCUCCCACUACUAACGUUGAUUUGUCUUAUUAGAACUAAGUAGGCAGUUGUUAGUUUUUUUUGGUUUAUCCUUGUUUAUUUGGUUUUUUACAAUUUACAAAAAAAAAUUGGUUUUUCUUUACAUUUAUUAUAACUACCAAUCGUAGUUAUUAUUUCCGCUUCUGUUAAAGAAAUAAAUAAAAGUCGUUUG